AAUUGACAUCUGCUAAUCCUUCUAUUCGUGAUGAAACAGAAAUUUUUCAAAAAACACUUGGUGCUUUUAUAUCAGAAGUUGGAGGUGCAUAUAGCUUUUUUGCUGCAAUAAUAACAUUAAUUUUUGGUGCUUCGAAGUUUAGUCCAUGUAAAGAAUAUUUUAACUGUCACAAAGUUUACAGACCAAUACGUCGACAGCUUAAAAAAGAUUAUGCCGAACGGUAUAAUACUAAAUAUGGAAUUCCAUUAAUAGAUAAUCUAUACGAUGAAUACAAAGAAUUAAAGGACAAAGAAAUAAAAGACGAAAAAAUAAAAUAUGAAAAAAUAAAUGGUGUAAAAAUAAAUGAACAAGAUUCAGAACAAAUAAAUGAUGAACCAGAACAAGAUUCAGAACAAAUAAAAGAUAAAACAGAUUCAGAACAAAUAAAAAUACUUACACAGAGGUUAGCUGCAUUAGAGGAUUUGUCAAAACUACUUAUACAGCGAUUAGCUGCAUUAGAGGAUUUGUUAAAAGAACAUUAUCUUGACACAAGUAUACUGGAAAGUAUUAAAGCAGUGCGUGAACGUAUCGAUGAGGAUGAGGAUG